UCAGCUGGUCCCCGCCUCCUCGACAUGGGCCCCUUCCGUUUUCCAGCCCCUAACCCCUCCUUGGCUCUGCCCGCUUCGAGCAAGAUGGGGAGGAAGGGGUGUGCCGGCUGACACCCACUUGUGUUCCCCAGUAUGUGGGAGCCCUCGAGGACAUGCUGCAGGCCCUGAAAGUCCAGACGAGCAAACCGGCCUGUGAAGUGAUCAAUGAAUAUUCCCGCAAGGUGGACUUUCUGAAGGGGAUGCUGCAGGCGGAGAAGCUGACGUCCUCCUCCGAGAAGGCACUAGCCAACCAGUUCCUGGCCCCCGGCCGAGUGCCCACCACGGCCAGGGAGCGGGUGCCCGCCACCAAGACGGUCCAUCUGCAGUCACGGGCACGGUACACCAGCGAGAUGCGGAGUGAGCUGCUGGGCAUGGACUCUGCUGGAGAGCCCAAGCUGGAUGUGAGGAAGAGAACUGGGGUGGCAGGUCCCAGGCCCGGGGAUGAGAAGCAGUCGGCAGCCGAGCUGGACCUCGUCCUGCAGCAGCACCAGAGCCUCCAGGAGAAGCUGGCAGAAGAAAUGCUGGGCCUGGCCCGGAGCCUUAAGACCAACACACUGGCCGCCCAGAGUGUCAUCAAGAAGGACAACCAGACCCUGUCGCACUCGCUCAAGAUGGCCGACCAGAACCUGGAGAAGCUGAAGACGGAAUCAGAACGGCUGGAGCAGCACGCACAGAAAUCCGUCAACUGGCUGCUUUGGGCGAUGCUUAUCAUUGUCUGCUUCAUUUUCAUCACCAUGAUCCUCUUCAUCCGCAUCAUGCCCAAACUCAAAUAAAGACCCGCCUGGCCCAAGCUGGUUAGGCUCAGUGGAGAGAGCAUCGGCCUUCAGACUGAAGGGUCCCAGGUUUGAUUCCGGUCAAGGGCACA